CACACACACACACAUAUACACACACGCUCUGGGAGUGAGUGGAUGAUCGCACGAGCAGGAAGCGCUGACCGUACACAGAUAGAGAGAGAGAAAAAGAGAGACAGAGAGUCCGAGAGUGACAAUCCAGCAUUCACAUUUUCGGCUCAUUCUGAAAGAAGACAAACUACAUAGCCACUGCUGAGCUCUUUCCACACUGUUAUGUGGGAGUUCUUCUGAAAAGCAAAGCUCCUUUUCGUUACUUUGCCCUGGGGACAUUUUUGUUUUCUUAUUCAAAUUAAUUGGGAUAUUCCAUGUGACACGUUGCCCUCUUUUCCACAAGAAUCGUGUUUUUUUUUCUGAGUGCUCUUUGAACGUGCAGUGCUCUAGCUGUUCCCUGAUAAAGGCUGUUGCUGUUCUUCAGAGGGAAUGACUGAGCGCUGAGGAACCAGGAUUGCUUGCACGUGUGGGACAGUUGUGAAGAAGCAUUGGGAGGCAGAAGAGAGAGAACUGCUCAAGAAAACAUAAAGGAAAGGAAGAAAACAAGAAACAAACAAACAUAAAAUACUGUUUUGCAGCAAAAUGGAUCCCCCUCCUUUUAGGGGUUUAUCCGAUGUACCGUGAUAUCGGUCAGCCUUGCAGCUCAGCCCCUACCCUGGUGGCCCUAAAAGAAUGGAUCCAGUACCACCUUUUCGGAUGGACCCUGAAAGCCUGGAUCUUCAGCAGGUCCCUGUAUUGUCCAUUGACCAGAUCCGUGCUUUAAGGGCUAAUAAUGACUAUGUGGAACGCCCUGUGGCGCUGGAGCCUGCUUCUCAGGUUGCCUUCUAUCCAAAUGAUGAACGGCAUCCUCAGAUGUCUCGCAGCCAAAGUCAGCAUCAACAUUCCCACUUGGCCCACUUAAGUCGCUCCAGUACUGUGAGCUCCAUGUCCCGGGGCAGUGCUGCUUCAGACCAGAGACUUCUUGCAGGAUUAACGUCCUCCCAUUCUGGUCUAGCUGUGGUGAGGUCCCAGCCCAAAGGUGACUUGAAACCCGACUCACUCGGCAAAGGACUGACUGAAGAUGAGGACUUGGGCCUGCAUCUCUUCAUCUGUGAACGCUGUGGCCACUGCAAGUGCCAGGAGUGCUGUGCCCCUCGUAGCUUGCCCUCCUGCUGGACCUGUGGCCAGCGCUGCUUGUGUUCUGCGGAAAACGUCUUGGAGUAUGGCACCUGCCUCUGCUGUGUGAAGGGUCUGUUCUACCACUGCUCGGCAGAUAAGGAGGACAACUGUGCCGACCGACCAUGCUCCUGCGCCCCAGCUCAUGCCUGCUCCCGCUGGAGUGCUAUGGCCUUCCUGGCACUCUGCCUGCCGUGCCUGUGCUGCUACCCUCCUGCCAAGCUGUGCCUCACUCUGUGCCAGCGUGGCUAUGAUCGCGCCACCCGUCCCGGCUGCCGAUGCAGCAACACCAACGCUGUGUGCCGUAAGAUCUCUGCCACCAACCCUGUGCCCUUUCGUAAAACCUUGGAAAAGCCUGUAUGACAGCAUGAAUGAGCCUCUUGCAAUCCUCCCUUGAGGAGACAGCUCUGAUGCUGAAGCAGCCGGGGAAUUCUGCUAAAUUAACUGACCUACUCUAAACCAAUCAGGCCUCCCUGCAUCAUGUCCAUCAUCAUGUAUCCUACUUCCCUCUUUUUUUUAGUAAAUCAGUGUCUAUUUAUUUAUUUAUUAGACUUCCAGGAUAGAGUUGGGUAAUAUGAACCAUAUGUAACACACAGGGAGUAUGCUAUCAGAAUUAAUGCAGAAGCUAUACUGGGUAUAAGGAGUACCUAGACAUGGGAAGCUGCCAUAGAAAGUCAUCGUUGAGUCUGUCCUCUUCGGCCUUACUGAAUGAAAAAAACUGUAAGCAAGCUGGCUUACUCUAGACUCUACAUGGAUACAGGGCACUGGUUAGGGGGAAGAGCCCAACCAAAAAGGAAAACAGAUCAGACUAGACAAUUCUGUUUGACACCAAAAAUGGGACCAUACAAAAAUCAGAAUAUUAAGCUCACCUAAGAGGGAUGUGUUUCAAGAGAGGCGGUAAAGAGAGACAUUGUGCACAUGAGUGUGGUAUGGAAGAAGAAGGAAAAAUGUGUGUGUAUGUGCAUGUGUGUAUGUGUGUGCAGUCUCAGGCCGGCAUCUGCUGUCAGCAGAAGUCUCUCUUUUUAUUUUUAGAGGAGCUACUCUGAAAGAUAAAGUGUCUGGUCAGGUUUCCACCCCAGGGCAGCCUGACGCCAACCUCUCCCAAGCACUCUUAUAUCCUCAACUCUCUUUUCCACUGCUGCCCAUAGUGCUUUCCAACUGCUUGAUAACAGCGAUAGGAUCCUUCACUGUUUCUACAUCAAACCAUGUCGUGGGACCAAACAUCAAAAUGGAAUGUCUGUCCAACAUUGACAGUGCUCUGAGGAUGAGAUACAAGCCAUUACUUUGAGAGCUCUUGGACAAAUUGACCAGACAACCUCUGUAGGACCAUGCUUUAGGCUAACAUUAGAUCCGAGCAGUAUCAGCAAAAUGAAGCCAUUGUGGUUCCCCAGUUAUACCAUACAUGGGACAUUAGCAUCUCUGAGUCCUUUCCUGAGGUUCUCUGGUUGGCCCUGAAUGAUUCACAGGAAAUGAGG